AUGACGAACCGUGGUCCUUCAGGCGUCCCCGUUGCAUAGGAACGACAACCGUCAGACAAAUCAUGAAGCAUCUAGCUAGCUACAAACUUUUGAUCGAUAACUUAGCUACCUAGCUGGAUGAGUGUAGAGAAUCAACAGACCUUUCUUUGUGAUAGACAAACAAAACAUACACAAGACAGCCAGCGACAUUUGGAGUACCAAACAAAAUGCUAUCAACUCGUUAGCUACUUCAACGGCGCUAGCAGACUGUUAACUAACGUUAGCAGUCGUUGCCUCUACUUCAGGGUGCAUUGUGAAGGUAGCUAACGGUAACCAUACAGGACUCUUAAGAGACUUUUUAAAAGACAAAUGUAAUCUGUACUAUUCCCAGCUUCAGCUAGCAUCAGUUGUGUCGAUGUGUGGACCGACGUACUAGUGAAAUGAGCGAUAUCAAGCCGAACCACACGAUGUUAACCUCAGUUAACGUUAACCUAUGGAAAGCUAGCUAACACUCAUUCCCGUCCAUACCCUUCGAAUGCUAGCUUAGCUAAGUCAUUUAUUCAGGUAGCUAUUUAUCAAUUCAUCUAGGAAAGCGUCGACAAAUACAAUAAUCCCAGUCAAAGCGAUAGAAAGUUCAUAAAGAUAGUAAAAUGGCUGGCGACGUUGGCAGCAUCCCUGAACUGGACCAAAAGAAGUACGAUUCAGACGAGCAGGUGAAGAUCAUCUGUCUGGGAGAUAGUGCAGUUGGUAAAUCUAAGCUGAUGGAGAGGUUUCUCAUGGACGAAUAUCGUCCCCAGCAGUUGUCCACUUAUGCUUUGACUCUCUACAAACACACAGCCACUGUAGGAAACAAGACCGUAGCGAUAGAGGUUUUUUUUUGUUUUGAUUUUUGAUUUUUGGACACCGCUGGUCAGGAGAGAUUUCAGAGCAUGCAUCCCUCAUACUACCACAAAGCACAUGCAUGCAUCAUGGUUUUUGAUGUUCAAAGGAAGAUCACGUAUAAGAAUCUGGCCAGCUGGUAUAAGGAGCUGAGGGAGUAUAGACCAGAGAUACCCUGUUGUGUCGUGGCCAACAAAAUCGAUGCUGAUUUGAAGGUGACACAGAGAAGCUUUAGCUUUGGAAAGAAGCAAGGACUGCCAUUUUACUUCGUAUCAGCGGCUGAUGGGACUAAUGUUGUUAAGAUGUUCAGAGAGAUGAUCAAGAGGGCGCUGGACUACAAGCAAAACCCCAGCGACUUCAUGGAUGAAGUGAUGCAAGAAUUAGAGAACUUUGACCUGGAGAAGAAGGAAAAUAAUUCAGAUGAGGAUGGAUUGAAAGCACAAAGUCCCGAGUUGGUCUGAAAGAUGUUUACAGAUCCUCCCAACCCUCCUGUCCUCUCAUGGAUAGGUUAUCCUCUGGGGUUGAUGCUCAACACGCACAUUGUUUGUCCUUAUGUACUUUUGGUGGUCUGCUUUUAUACCAUUGGUUUGUAAGUCUACCACUGGAGGUCGGCAGAAAGUCUUUUAGUCAGGUUUGAAGUCCCUGCCCUCCAUCCGUCCAGUGACAUUGGUAGUGAAAUAAACAUGAUUGAAUAAUUAGGAAUUGUGUUGUUUACCUUAUGAUACUUAUCAACAAUAUAUACUAUAAUAAUAGUAGAAAAUCCUACAGUGAGACUGAAUGUGUUUUAUAUUGUAAUAAGAAUGUGAAGCAUUGGAAACUAACUCACACAGAGCAAAGAGAACGUGUGAUUAUGAACCGUAUUUGCUGCUGUUCUCGAUGUUUUUGUGUAGUAAAUUGUCUGCAGUGGCAGCUUCCGUUGGCUGCUUUUGUUGCAUUCGUUUUAUAUGUAAAGUGUGUUUUCAGCACCCUUUCUAAAUGAGAACUUAAUGUACCAUGUAACCAAAUUGUUGUCAUGUGUCUCUUUCUGACUUGCUGUGAUCCAGCAGUAGGCACAAGAGCACUAAGUAGUCAACUUCAGUGUAUUAGUCAUACAUGAGUAGACAUCAGCUGUAUUGAACUCUUGUGAAGGUCCCGGGCUUGUGAAACGCUCAGCCAGCUGUGUGCUUCAAGAUGCAUUCGAGGUGGCUGUGUGUACAUUCAUUUGUUCAUAUUAGCAGGAAUGUUGCCAUGAAGAAUAUUAAACCAGUUUUCUGGCAGAAGGUGACGCUCAA